GGUGAUUGCCCAGCAUCUCUGACAGGGAAGAGAACUGUUUGUAAACAAAAUAGUUCUCCUGUCAAUUCGUGCACACUGCUUUGGAUGGCUGUGCACAGCACAGCCAUCCAAAGCAGUGUGCUUACAGUGAAGCACAUGGACACAGCUUAUAGUAAACCAGCGCACAGUUAACCCUUCGAGCACCCCUCAUGUUAACCCCUUCCUGCCCAGUGCCAUUAGUACAGUGUCAGUGCUUUUUUUUAGCACUGAUUACUGUAUUGGUGUCACUGGGGAUGUCAGUGACACCAAGCCAGUUCCCCCCAGUGUCAGAAUGCCCGCCGCAGUCCCACUAUAUAUCGCUG